AUGGAAAAUGUGCGAUUUUCAAUAAUUGAGAAUGAUUUGAAGUGGCAUUCGGAAAGCGAUGCAAAUGAUGAUUUGAUCUACGAUAAACGUAGCAUAUCGAGCGAAAGUAAUAGUGACGCGAUCUUCAGUGAUGAGGCGCAUGAGAUUUUUAUGUGGCAACAACAACAUCAAGUACUGUGGGAUAAUAACGAAAUUGAUGAUACCUUGUCCACCAUGACACCAAAUUCGGCUAAUCUGCUCAAUAUGGUAAAGACUGGCUGUUUUCUAGAUCUAAUACCAGGCACUAGUGAUGUUAACCUAGCCUUGUUAUACGCCACGCUCUAUGGUUGUACCGAAAAUAUAAUUUAUCUGCUUGAUCAUUUCGCAGCAGAUCCAAAUUAUUGGGAUUUACGUGGUCGUACAGCAUUACAUUUCUCUUGUUGCCGUAGUAAUGCACAUAUGGCCAAAGUGUUGCUAGAUCGCGGCGCCGAUCCCAAUCGUUGGGAUGCAAAAAAGGAAGUUACGCCAUUGCAUUGCGCUGCCAGUGCUAAAAGUGUGGAAUGCAUUUUACUUUUGCUAAAACGGAAAGCACACAUCAAUAUCGGCAUUGAAAAGCGUUCGGCGUUACAUUUUGCCAUUGAUCGUAACGCAAUUGAGUGUGUGGAAACUUUGCUAAAAUAUGGUGCAGAUCCGAAUACCCCACAAGUUUAUACCGAAACUCCCCUUCAUACCGCCUGUGCACUGGGGUUUUCUAAAUGUGUUGAACUAUUAUUGAGUCAUGGAGCUGAUGUACGUUCACAAUUCGGCGAAGGUAAACUCGCCGCAUUACAUUUAGCUGCCGAAAAUGAUUACGUAGAGUGCGUAAGAUUAUUACUAGAACACGGGGCCGAAGUCAAUUGUCGCAAUGCAAGCAAUCAAACCCCAUUACAUUUGGCCUGUUUGUCUCAAUCUAUUGAAACUGUGGAAUUGCUUAUAAAAUAUGGAGCAAAUGUAAAUGCAGUUUAUCGUGAUGGACGUACAGCAUUACAUGCGGCAAUAGUUAAACAAUCACGUUGUGUGGACUGUUGCAAUGCUCUAUUAAAGGCCGGAGCCGAUGUCAACAAGGCAGAUAAUUAUGGUUAUACACCGUUGCAUAUAGCAGCUUUAAAUGAGUUCAGCAAUUGUGUCUAUAUUUUUAUAGAGCAUGGUGCUGAUAUCACUGCACGGACUGAUGGACAUGUUUCUGCGCUCUCAUUUAUUGUGCGUCGUACACCUGAGAUAAUACCAAAGCUAAUGGCAAAAUUGGAUUCUUCAAUUAAAGUAAAUGAUCAUGAAAUCGGCGAUGUCGAUUGCGAGAUAAAAUUAGAUUUUCGUUUACUUGUACCACCUCACGCUUUGGAACGCGGCGAAGCUGAGCUUCUACUCUCGUUGAUUGAAGUUGGACAAAAGCGGCUGUUAAUGCAUCCACUAUGCGAAACAUUUCUAUUUUUAAAAUGGAGACGUAUACGAAAAUUUUUCCUAAUGAGUUUAUUCUAUCAUGCUGUCUAUGUAUUUUUAUUUACCUUAUAUGUAAUUGGUGUUUAUUCGAAGAAUUGUGAUAAGAACACUGAAUGCAAAGCAUCAGGUUAUAUACCAACCACUGGUUAUUUUGUUAUUGUUUUGAACUUGAUUUUACUAGGGAAGGAACUUUUUCAGAUGGCACAUGGUUUACAAGGAUAUGCUAAGUACUGGGAAAACUGGUUACAAUGGGCCAUUGUCUUUGGAGUGUUGCUAUGUGUGACUCCAGAGACACUAAUUCCUGGAGACUUGCAUACGGUACCUAUAUGGCAACAUCAUGUGGCGGCUGUAGUUGUAUUGUUGGUAUGGUUGGAACUUAUGAUGUUAGUAGGUCGGUUUCCUAUAUUUGGUGUUUAUGUUCAAAUGUUUACUAAAGUGGCUGUGAAUUUUGGAAAAUUCUUAUUGGCAUAUAUAUGUUUACUGAUUGCAUUUGGUUUAAGUUUCUCAGUACUCUUCAAUGACUAUCCAGCAUUCGAGAACAUUACCUGGUCUUUGUUGAAAUCAAUUGCUAUGAUGUCUGGAGAACUAGAGUUCGAAGAUAUAUUUUAUGGUGAUUAUGCAGUGAAAUUCCCAGUUACAGCGCAUAUCAUAUUUCUAUCAUUUGUCCUACUGGUAACUGUCAUACUUACAAAUCUAAUGGUGGGUCUUGCAGUGAGCGAUAUACAAGGUCUACAAGUAUCUGCUAGCUUAGAUCGACUAGUACGGCAAGCGGAAUUGGUUUCACGUCUAGAAAGUUUAUUUUUCUCACGUCUAUUGCGUGGCGCACCAACUAAACUACUAAAAUUAUGUAAACGUAGCGCCUUACUCAAGACGUCCAGAAAUAAUUUAAAAUUUGUUACGCGUCCAAAUGAUCCUCGCGAUAAUCAACUACCAGAAGAAAUUAAGUUGAAUAUUUACAAAUUGGUUGCAGAGCGUAGGGAUCGCAAUUUAAGUAUACGUCGUAGAAAGUUUGAAAGUAACUAUAGCAUAUUUAGUAGGAGUUUGGAGCGCCAGCAUAAACAACAAGGAUAUAAGCAUGAAACGAAAGAUGAAUUAUUUCAAAAGAAUAAUAAUUAUCAACAGAAACCUAUGACUUGUGAGGCACGUGAAAAUGAAUUUCUUUUGAGACCCCGUUCUGCUACCAAUGUACCGAACCAUUUAAUGUUGGAUAGUAGUGACUUGGCUAUAAAACUGAAGAAUCAGGUGAAUGGUAUAUCAGAUGUGCGUACUGAAGUGCAAAUAAUUAAAGAUAAACUAAGUGAAAUUAGUCAAAAAUUGGAUAAAUUUACAGAUAGUUCCAAUAAGAAGAUAACUUUUGCCACGGAGGAAUUGUGUCGCAUCAAAAUGCAAUUAGAACAAAAAUCACAUUAUACGCAUUGAACACAUAACUUAUUUUCGUUAAAAACUAUUUAAUCGAACUUAAAAAAAAAUAACUUACUGUUAACUAACUUAAGUUUAAGUGACUGAUAUUAUGAAACUUGUAGAUUGUAUAUAUUUAAGACAAAAAAAAUUAUACCGAAAUGCAUUGUGUACUUACACAAUACAUGUUGGAUACAUGUUAUUUCAUUAUCGAUAACAGAUAACAGAUAAGGAACUUCUACACGAUUCCAAUUUCCCGAUCACGCGGAUUUAACAACGGAUUGUAGUUCCUAGCUACAUUAUGUUAAGCUACUAUUUCCACUAUGCUAUAUUGACCUAGAUUAUUAAUAUUUUAUCAAAGAACAAGUAUUAAGUUGGAUGGGUGAUUUCUGUAAAACUUUUUCUAUAUAAGCUAUAUGCUAUAUGUCAAUAUAAUAUAGUUUUGAAGAUAUUGGACUUUGAAGUUGAAUAUUUUUACAUGAUUACAAACAACAUAAAACCGCCAGAUUGUACAUCUACCAUCUAGAGUCAUCUUUUAGUAGCUAACCUUACUAAAAUCCGUUUUCAAAUCGACAUGCCCGGGAAUUUGGUUUCACACCAAAAGAUUCUUUGUGCCUUAUUUUUACUAACACUAAAAUUAAUACUAAAAUUAAAAGUAUUAGAAUCAAUUAUGUUA